UUUCCGUGUACCAACAUUCAUUCCUUGUUUUUGUGAACCAGGUUGUUGUUGUAAAAUAAUUUUCAAGAAAAACAUGGACGUUUCAAUUUUUUAUCUAUUCAUGCUUUUUUCUCCUUUCACUCUAGGUGAUAAUUACUUUCAGUCCCACGGCUGUUGUAUGUUUGAUGGUCCAGGAUGAGAACACAUGGAGUUAACUGUCAGAUAUUUCUAUAACAAGAAAUUAGUGAUGCUGUACAACAGCACAACUGGCAACUACACAGGAUUUACAGAGAAUGGAAUUCACGUGGCACAUCUCUGUCAGAACGAUCCCUACAGACAAAUAAAAAAAAAUUUCGAAAAGGACAUGAUGUGCAAACACAACCUACAAGCAGUGAAAGACUCAAGCCACAUAACAAUUGCACCCACUGUCAAAGUGACUCGAGUGAUGCACCCUUCAGUGCUUCUGUGCAGCGCUUACGAUUUCUAUCCAAAACAAAUCAGAGUCACAUGGCUGCGGAAUGGACAGGAAGUCGUUUCUUUCACUGAAGCGAUACCUGAUGGGGAUUGGUACUACCAGAUUCAUUCCUAUCUGGAGUAUACCCCAACUCCUGGAGAAACCAUAAGCUGUGUGGUAGAACAUGCCAGCCUCCGUGAACCUCUGAUUCAGGUCUGGGACUCUUCUCCUCCCAAGUCACAAAGGAUUAGAGAUGGUGUGGGAACAUUUUUCCUGGUCGUUGGUUUAGUCUGUAUGAGCGUUGGAUUUAUCUACUACAAGAGGAAGUCUGCAGCACCUUUGACACUUUGUCGAGGGCGGGAAAUGGUUCCUGUUGAGGUCAUUCCUGUGGCUGGAGCCCUGUAGUCUGAACAAACACCUGUAUUGUUGGUAAUAUAGUGGCUUUAAUGAAAAUAUCAGAGACACACACAGUUAUGUUGUACUUACCUGAAGGAAAAAUAAAUACAAGUGUGUUUUUUAGCAACAGCAAUAAUUUAUAAUAAGACUGUAUUUAUGCUUUAAAGGGUGGUGUUGCAGGUGUUCAAAAAAUAGAACAAACAUAU